GCUGAUGUUGCAAAAGCCUUGAACAAGGAUGACGAUUCCGUCGACGAUGAGCCCGAGGAUGAAGAGAACGACUCUGAUGCUGAAUCAACAUCGAGCUUUGGGCUAGAACAGGAUGACGAGGCUGCGAAGCCGGCCAAAAGACGAAGAACUAAAGAGACAACAGCAGCCAACACGAAGCCGACUGAAGCUGUUGCCAGGGUUCCCAAGCCUGAGAUUCCAGGCAGCUCCACAAAAGAUGAUACUCCGAGGCCCAAGGUGAAGGCAAAGGCUUCUGCUGCUUCCGGCAAAGAGGAGAAGUUGACCAGGGCUCAGAAGGCAAAGCAAGAUCGGGCUGAUCGCUGCUAUUCCACCGCCACCAAAGCCUUCACUGCGAUCAAGGAAAUCUCCACUGAUAUGGUCUGGAGGAGUGUGAUUCGGACUGGUGAAGUGGAGCGAAGAGUUCAGAAGUGCUACCAGGCCCACGCUGAGCUAGAGGCUCAAGUGGCUGAAGGCCAGUUUGCUGGCAAUGCCGAGGUGGCUGCUGUUUGCGAAGAGAUGCCCAAGAGAGCUCUCUUGCUUACUCAGACCAAAGACUUGUGCAAGGGCAUCCGCGGCUCAACUCCUGACAGCAUGGCCAAGGACGUUGCAACUUGUGGAGAAGUGAGCACUCUUUUCCUGACUGUCUUCGGCAGUGUCGUGAGUGACAUCCCGUCCACCAAUGACAUGUUGCAGACUGUCGCCAAGAAGUUGCACGCGGCAGAAGAUCACUUGUUCAUCAAGUUCUUGAGGCUGAUGCCGCCACCUGUUGGUGAUGACGCUGGCUUUUCUUUGUACAAGCUUGGAAAAACUAUGGAGGUUAACACCACGGAGGAAAGUGAGGACCACCCGUACUUGUGGGCGUAUCUCCUCAAGCUUCAGCUUUUGUGCAUGAAUGACUUCUAUGAGAAGCUUCGCCUUCCAACAGCCCCUUCUGUUUGCGACAAAGCGCUCCCUUUGCUUUUGCAGGCCAAAAGCUUGGACCAAGCCCAAUGGCUUCCAGCAUCGGACAUGGUGCCUGCAGACGUUGACUUCCAUAGCCUUCCCAAUGGAACAGGAUUUCAAGGACAAGUGAUGAUUGACCUCCAACGCAUCCUGGCCUGCCUUCAGAUCUACAACAAGAAGCCAGAGCCACGUUUCCUUUCCAUGGUGAGUCGCGAGACUAGCUUUUCCAGUAAGAUGGUCAUGGCUAUGAAUGCCCAGUCUGAGUGGAGGCUUUUGUGGAGUCAAGUUUUGGCAGAGUCCAAAGCCUUUGCUGAGCGGACCAUCCCAACCCUUGAUUUGGUCUCUUUCGGCAAGCUUUGCGGGGAUGUGACUAGUUUGGAGAAGCUCGCGGAUGAUAGCACCUAUUCUGAGGAUCAGCAAAAGUCCAUCAGGGACCUUACCAAGAUGCUGGCUAGUUGCUCAGACGAGGACUCUUUGUUUGAGGAAGAUGCUAAUUCCAAGGCCAAGUUCUUCCAGUACAUUCGGGAGGUGUCCACUUGGUUCAAGGACUUCAGGCCUCCUGUUGAAAGGGUCCUUCAGCCACUGGGAACCGUGCUCUCACCAAGCCUCUUGGAGUUGGAAGGCAUCACCGACCUCGCGGAGUGCUUCCCGCCAGGUGCUUUGAAACUGGCCUCAAACAUCGACAGCGUCUUCAUGCUCCAAUGCACCUUGACCUUGAUUCCGGAUUCCUUGAUACCUUGA